UAAAAGACGACAUGAAAGAAGAAAAGGGGGAGGACUAGCUAAUCCCGUUAUCCUGCCUGGAAGGCCAGAAAGCAUGGUGGGAGGAAACAAAACCGCAGGCUCUGAGUUCAGUUUUGCAAUUAUUUGUGGCAUCUCUUUGGAGGCAUUAAAAUAGAGCAGUGCUAGGCUUUACACAAAUCUGCAUCGAAUUAACUGGGUAGGGAGUCUAGAAAAGAAGGUGGCCAUGUUGUGCCAGUGUUUCAAGAAUAAAGACUUUGUACUCUGCUUGGAAUUCAUGUGAAACCUCAGCAGCGAUCCCACUCGCUCGCUGCUCCUGGCAGGCAUCCCAGCAGUUCCUGUGUCCAAGACUGGGGGAAGGGAGAUUAAGAGCAAAAGCAGUAAAUCCAGUCCCGCUUCCUCCCACGCACACCUUAGAGGAUCAGGACUGCUCAGCAAACUAAGGAGCAAGAAGAAUUUGAGAGCAAGAAGAAUAAUUUGUUUUCCACAUUGUUGAAAGGGGCUGGUCUUUUUUAUUAGACUUGAUGUCCGUUUAUUGUGGCUUACUGGUUUACAGAGGAAACUGCUAUUUGCCGUUUUUCUUGGAUUUGUCUAAGGAAACUUCACAAGCCUUAGUCCCCAGUAUGGUGUUCAUCACACUCCCAGUGAUGUCAGUGAGACCUCUGCUUUUAGAAGAAAUCAGCCCCUAACAGAAAAAGCUUUCUUUAGAAGCUCUACAAAAUCUCUGUCAAACCACUAACGCAACUGCAGUCACCAGCUGGCUGUGCCACAUGAACCUGUGGGGGGGACAUAGUGGAAGGCAAAGCUGUUGUACCAGCUUGGAAAGCUCAUCGACACCCAAGGAGAUGAAGAGAAGGAAGUGUGGCAAAUAUUAUAUAACAAACUGUGUACCUGUUGCACACAAGGGGAAGCCAUGAAGUUUACCAGGAAACGCAGUGGUAAGAAAAGGAGCUGCCUAAGCAUUUGGCUCAUUUUAUGUUUGUUUCCAAGAACUUGUGUAUCAAAUCCUUCAAAACCCAAUUUUUUACUGAUACUAGCUGAUGAUCUUGGUAUUGGAGAUGUGGGUUGUUAUGGCAAUGACACAAUAAGGACCCCUAACAUUGAUGGCCUGGCAAAGGAAGGAGUGAGACUUAGUCAGCACAUUGCUGCAGCUUCUGUCUGUACACCAAGCAGAGCAGCCUUCCUGACUGGCAGAUACCCCAUCAGAUCAGGCAUGGCAUCCAAUACGCAAUACCGUGUUCUUUUUUGGAAUGGGUGUUCUGGGGGGCUCCCACCAAAUGAAACUACUUUUGCCAGAAUACUGCACCAACAAGGUUAUUCUACAGCACUUGUAGGGAAGUGGCAUAUGGGUGUGAACUGCGAAUCCUCCCACGAUCACUGCCAUCACCCUUUACAACAUGGUUUCGAUUAUUUUUAUGGCAUGCCUUUCACCCUUUUGAAUGAGUGUCAAGGAACAGAUGACCCUGAAUUGGCCAAGUCUUUGCAAGAUACAUAUUGGCUUCACUCACAGAUAAUCUUCCUUGCAGUGCUUACACUUUUGAUUGGAAAACUUACCAGCUUAUUCCAGGUAAAAUGGAAAAUAAUCGUAUGUGUGGCCAUCUGUGGUCUCCUGUAUUUCCUUUCCUGGUUCUCCAGCUAUGGAUUCACCAAGUACUGGAACUGUAUCCUGAUGAGAAACCAUGAUAUCACAGAACAACCAAUGAACCUAGAAAAAACUACUUCUAAUAUGCUGAAGGAGGCAGUUUCAUUCAUUGAAAGAAACAAGCAUAGACCGUUUCUUCUCUUUUUUUCCCUUUUACAUGUUCACACUCCUCUGAUUACCAUGGAGAAGUUUCUGGGAAGAAGCAGACAUGGCCUUUAUGGAGAUAAUGUAGAGGAGAUGGACUGGGUAGUGGGUAGGCUUCUUGAUGUUAUUGACAAGGAAGGCUUGAAGAAUACCACAUUCAUUUAUUUUGCAUCUGAUCAUGGGGGAUCUGUAGAGGCUCACAGAGGAAAUGCCCGCUUGGGUGGAUGGAAUGGGAUCUAUAAAGGUGGAAAAGGAAUGGGAGGUUGGGAAGGAGGGAUCCGUGUUCCAGGAAUAGUUAGAUGGCCUGGAGCAUUGCCUGCAGACAUAGUUAUCAAUGAACCAACAAGCCUUAUGGACAUUUUCCCAACAGUGGUUCACCUGGCCGGAGGGGUAGUGCCUCAAGACAGGGUAAUCGACGGACGCACCUUGCUGCCUCUCCUGCGGGGGACAGCUGGGCACUCCGAGCACGAGUUCAUGUUUCACUACUGUGGUGCGGUUUUGCAUGCAGUGCGGUGGCACCAAAAGGACAGGGGCACGACAUGGAAAGCUCAUUAUGUGACUCCGGUAUUCCAGGCAGAGGACUCCGGAGCCUGUUUUGGAAGACGAAUGUGCCCGUGUUUCGGGGAUGGUGUAACCCAUCAUGACCCUCCACUGCUGUUUGAUCUCUCACGAGAUCCUUCUGAGGCAAAUCCUCUCUCAGCUGACACUGAGCCCUUGUUUGACACCAUAGUGAACAGAAUAGGGAGGGCUGUAGAAGAGCAUUGCAGGACGCUGACUCAAGUCCCACAGCAGCUCUCUCCUUACAAUAACGUAUGGAAGCCGUGGCUGCAGCCGUGCUGCGGCACAUUUCCCUUCUGUUGGUGCGAUAAAGAAAACAACAAGGACGAAGACAUACUUUAAUACCAAAAUCAAAGUAGAGUUAGCUUAAAAAAGGUACUAAUUUUCACAUUGACAUGACUACAGUCAUACAGAGAUGGGGACAAAUUACACUGUAAUAACUGAAACGGACAUUCUUGAUGCUUUUUGUUCAAUCCCUUCUCUUACAAAAAUUCAUGAAGCCUAUACUUAAAUAUAUAUAUAUGCUGAAAACAUAUUUUGCCUAUGAGCCACCUGUAUAAUCAAUGCCUCAGAUGCACAAUUCUAGAUCAAAUAUCCAGGUAAAUGAACCAAAAUUUAUUUCCUUACUGAUUUUAAAUUCAAAUAAAUUAUAGAUGACAUGAAAUUAAACUUUAAUUGCUUCUGUUUAUACAGGUGACAUGCUUGUUAAGGCAAAAGGACUGAGCCCAAGCAGAUCUCUCUUUUCAAGCCUUGCCUUUUUAAUAAAAAAGCUGUUGUGUGCUUAAAGCACAGGUAUACAUUUAACUUGGAACCAUGAAAACACACUGUCCUCUAAGAAGUACAACCUUUUAAUUUACA